UUUCAUUCUAUUGUUGGCAGCUCCCUGUUCGCUCAUAACCCGGACAUUGUUCAAUAUCACAGCGAUCAUCUGCCUUCACCAUCUCAUCUCAAUCAAUACUACCAGCGCCAACGAUCCAUAUCACCAUCGAAAUGUCUGCAAGCCCAACUCCGUCCGCCGGUGGCGACGUUAAGCAGAACGAACAGGUUCACUUUCGCUUCUGUCGCGAAUGCUCGAACUUGCUGUACCCGAAGGAAGAUCGCGUCAAUAACCGCCUAAUGUUCACCUGUCGCACGUGCCACGUCGGCGAGCCUGCCUCCUCCUAUUGCGUCUACCAGAACAAACUCAGCACACAGGUUGGAGAUACUGCCGGUGUGACUCAGGAUGUCGCAUCUGAUCCUACGCUCCCGCGAUCCAACAAGACCUGCCCUAGCUGCGGCGAAUCCGAGGCUGUAUUCUUCCAGUCGCAACAGCGGUCGGCCGAGACGGGAAUGAAACUUUACUAUGUGUGCUGUGCGUGCGGCAAUGUUUAUGUGUGAUUUCUGCGCUGUCUGCCAUGUCUACCGUCUUUCCGAUACCCUUUAUCUGUUUUAUUUUUCCAUUCCGAGCAUAUCCGUGGAGUUUUCUGGUGCUUUUGUUCGUGUUUACAUUGGAGGAGCGGUUCGUGGAAAACAGAAAUUUCU